AUCAAACUGGUAGUGUACCAAUACUACUCUAGGUCUGCUGUCAAAAUUUGUAAUGGUUCGGAAAUAAUGAUGGCUGCCCUGAAAUUCGCAGGAAAUUGUGGGAUGUAAUUAAUCAUUGAAGUGGUGUUUGAUUAUGUGGCAGUGAUUUCAGUAGAUCAGUGGUAUUCUUUUAGUGUAUGCAGUGGUUUGAGAAGUGUUAGAUCAGAAAAUACGUUCACCCGCCCAGAUCAAGUAACAUGUUUUUAGGUCAAUUCAGAUGAACGAAACCCAGCCCUAAUUUUAUUGGAUUUUAAAACAGUUUUUAAAUUUACAGAGAGUAUAAUUAAUAUUAGAAUUUAACGCAAAAUUAUAAUCUUUCAGUGAGUGGAUUAAAAAUCUGUGCUGUAGUCUGCUGAAUGAAAGCUUGAUCUAACUCGGGCUUGAUACAGGUUAUCAAGGUCUUGUCAUUUUUCUCGUUUGGUUAUCUUGAAAAGUAAACUAUAAUGUUGGGAAAGUGACAAUGAGCCAAGUGCCCCCAUCGCAGCGCCAGAAGCUGGCCUCCUCCACUGUUCCUCCCGUGCACGGCCGUCCUGCUCCUCCACUAUGUGUUCGCACCCGACUUAGCAACCACCAGCGCAACCUCAGCCUUGACUUCAGAUCAAUGGGAAUAGUGUUACCUCCUGUGUGUCAAGUAGCGCCUGUACCUCCUGUCACACUUCACCACAGAAACCGCAGCUUGGACUCCGCCCUCCAGCGGAUACCUGAGGUGGACAUCACCCCGAGCCCGGAGUGUGAGCCUCGCUGUGAGCUCAGCGUCUCUCAGUCUCACCCCAGGCCUCCCACCAGCCUCGGCUCUGACGACUCGGGGAUCAUCUGCGGGUCUGAGCGCACGGGGUCCACUCAUCAGAGCGAUGAGAGCCUGGACUCGGAGAAUCAACCGACGCAACCAUCCACUCCCGCCCAGUCACCCCAGAGUAACACAGCUAAGGGUUUUCUGCUACGACUGUUUGAGUCGAAGCUAUUUGAUAUGUCAAUGGCCAUCACAUACCUUUUUAACUCCAAGGAACCCGGUGUUCAAAGCUACAUAGGAAACAAAGUCUUCAGUUUCCCUGACAACGAAGUCGACUUCUACCUGCCGCAACUUGUUAAUAUGUACAUACAAAUGCAUGAUGUAGCUGAAGUUAUUCACCCCUAUUUAGUCCAUAGAUGUCGACAGUCUCCUGACUUUUCUCUGAAGUGUUCCUGGCUGCUGGACGCGUACAGUUCGGACGCAGCACUUCCUUCGAAAAAGAAAUCUCAUGGAACCAAACUGAGGAACCUGAUUCUUUCUGAUGAACUGAGACCAAGAGAAAGUGAAGGAACUCGGAAGAAAUCGAAGGAGGGACCAGUAUCUGUAGCUACAAGUUUGACACCACAGUUGACUUGUACUUCACCUGUGAAAAAGACACACCAGCGUUCACGGUCAGAUGCCUCAUUUCUUCAGGGAGGUCAGAAACCUGUCACCCCGACCACAAACUCAGUUAGUACCACAGCAAAACUUAGUCUGGGAGACAUCAGUUCUGGAAGAGCAUUCGACAAUGGCUGUACCUGUUUCGACUCUUGUCAAGGUGUUGUGAACGAUCUGCGUGGGAAACGGACAGAGUGCACGUGUAAUGCUCCAAGACUUGCACCAGAAUUAGAGCUGAUUAAAAGUCUGAAUUCAAUCGGCAAGGUGUUGAGUUCUCUCAGCACUAAAGAAGCAAAGACGACAAGACUACUAGUAGAACUAGGCUCUCUAAACCUUAACCUACCUGCCCGAGUGUGGCUGCCUCUACACAACAAACCUCACCACAUCGUGCGUAUCCCACCUCAAGCAGCAGCCGUCCUCAACUCCAAAGACAAGGCACCAUACAUCAUUUAUGUUGAAGUAGUAGAAGUAGAAGACAUUCAAAGUUCCCCAGUGGUGGCUAGAGCGAUGAACUCAUUGAGGCAUACAAGAAGUGAAGAAAACUUGAUAUCCUCAAUAAACAACUACAGUAACGGUAACCAUGUUGAGGGGGAUGAGGCCACAGACAACUGGUCACAGGAAGAUGAUGACAUUUCACAGCAGUACUUGCAGCUGAGGAAGCCUGUGGUGGACCGAGAUACGAUUUCACAGCUCUCCCAGGAAUCCUCAGACUCGAGAGAACCACCGAUGUUUGCUGCCGGAGAUAUAAGGAGGAGAUUAUCAGAAUCGUUUCAUGACAUUAGACCAUUUACUUACGAUCCUGAGGACCCAUCUGCUGCAGCCCUAAAGGAACCAUGGGAGGAGAAGCAGAGGCGAAUCAAGGAGUCAUCACCUUAUGGCUACCUGUCGUCAUGGCAACUGCUCUCUGUGAUAGUCAAGUGUGGCGAUGACUUGAGGCAAGAGUUGCUGGCCUCACAACUACUCAUCAUGCUGCAGAGGAUCUGGGAGGCAGAGAGGGUACCACUGUGGGUCCAUCCUUACAGGAUACUUGUAUUGUCUGACGAUUCAGGACUGAUAGAACCCAUUCUGAACACCGUGUCUCUGCAUCAAAUCAAGAAACAUUGUCAGUUAAGCCUGGGAGAAUACUUUGCUCAAGAAUUUGGGGAGAGCAACUCCGAGUCGUUCCUGACUGCCCAACGCAACUUUGUUCAGUCUUGUGCAGCUUAUUGCCUUGUUUGUUACUUGGUCCAAGUCAAAGACAGGCACAAUGGAAACAUUCUCUUGGACAGUGAAGGACAUCUAAUUCACAUAGAUUUUGGUUUCAUUCUUUCGACAUCGCCUCGCAACCUCGGGUUUGAAACAUCACCGUUCAAGUUGACUCCAGAAUUUGUGGAAGUGAUGGGAGGUAUAGGUUCAGACAUGUUUGAGUACUUCAAGAUCUUGAUUCUGCAAGGCAUGGUAGCAGCUCGAAAACACAUGGACAAAAUACUCACCCUUGUGGAAAUAAUGAGAUUAGGAUCGCAGCUGCCAUGUUUCAAGUCGGGGGCGGCCACAGUCCAGGGGCUGAAGAACCGGUUCCACCUGAACCUGACUGAGGAGCAACUACAGCUGUUGGUGGACGGGCUCGUCGAGUCCAGCAUCCACUCACUCAGCACCAAGCUCUAUGACGGGUUCCAGUACUUCACCAAUGGUAUACUCUAGUCAGGUGCAGCAGGCCAAGCAGUUCAGCUCUUUAGUGUUGCUAGGAAGUGCCUUGUCACACCAGCUCACGUACAGGACAUCCCUAGUCUUAAGUUUAGUUUAUUUCACCUCCACAGAAGCAAUAUUAACUGUUACUUUUCUUGAUCCCAGCAAUCCAAUUUCCGUUCUAACAAGAAAUCUCAACUGCCUUGAAGUAGAUUUUAGGGUAAGCAAUAAGUCAUUCCUGUGAGUGCUCAAACUGUGCUUAGGUUCUCCCAGUGCUUAGUUUGCAAAGCUCAACGUAAGUGCUUAUUAUUAUUAUUUAAAACACCAAAAUACUGUUAGAUAAUGAGUGGCAUCUGUAUAGAAUACAUUUUAUAGUGUUUUUAUUUAGUUGUUAUGCAGUAUAAACAUUGUUUUUAAUCCUUUAAAGGAUACUCUUUGUAACUAAGUAUUUGUUUUUCAUUCCUUAAACUGCCCAUAAGUUGAGGAGCUAAGUGCCUGCUCAGGGUGAUAUUUUUCUUGAUAGUGAACUUAGAAAUUAUUUCUACAACUUACAUAGAGAGUAUAAUAUUAUUUCAUUGUAUAUGUAAUAGGUUAUGUUGUCAAUAGUACUUAAACUAUGUCUGGUUUUGGUGUUAAUUUCCACUUUAGGUUUUUUUUUGUUAUUUCCACUGUUUUUUUAUCAAUUUUUACAAGAUGUAAAAAUAGUUGUUUUUAAUUUUAAUUUAUAAGUCAUUUAUUAUCUGUUAUUUACUGAUACUAUGUUCAUGUUGUUUGAUAUUACUGUAAUAAUAGAGUUAAUAAUUUCUGUAUUCUAUUUAUUGUAAUUUUGUGUAUGAUAUUAAAGCAUUGUACAAUAGUUAAAAUGUUGAUUUAGAUUUUUGAGCUUGUGUCAAAACUGCAAAGAUACUGAUAUUGGAAGUGUAAAGACUGUUUUCCCAACGUUAAUUAUUGAAUCUAUACAGGUAGAUAUUUUUUGUAUAGCGAUUUAUAAAAAAAUAUGUUUUUAAUAUUUAAAAUUAAAAAAUAUGUAUCUAUUUAAAUGUUAAAUAUUUGUACAUCAUUGAUGCUGUGUAAUAAACAAUCUUUUAUUUACAAAGAGAUACACUUCUGUAGAAUUCCACCAAUGCUGCAGCUUAUAACAUUACAAGUCUAGAAUAUAGUGAGCAAUGUUUGUGACAUUCUAUAUUCCAAUUGUAAUAGAAUCUAAUUUAUACUUUAAAAUGUUAGUGUUAGAUUGAUAUUUCUUAAAUUUUAAUACAUACAACAUAUUUUACUUUUAGGAGUAACCAUAAAAAAUUAUCACAUGUUAUUUUUAAUAGUCUUGUCAAAAACGUGUACUUCAUUAUGAAACCAUUAGAUACUACAAAUUCAGUUACAUUAAUAAGGUGAUCAACGCAAACAAAAAUGUAAAUUUGUUAUUUAAAAUCAAGAACUACAAAAUCUGUUAUGAAUUGCAUCCAACAUGACUGUCUCUCCUGAGAUAUGGUUCACAGCUGUCUAAGACAACUUCUUCUCAUGUUCUUUUGGCUGCAAUUUUAAUAUGACCAUCUCCCCUAAGAUUUACUUCAUCUGACUUCACGAUUUCCUUCAUCUGGUUACAUGACUUCUGCACAUUUUCUCUUGCCUGCAAUUUUAAUAUGAUCGUCUCACCUCAGAUGCAGUCCACAACGGACUUCAUGAUUUCCUUACAGUUUCUUUUGGCUAAGACUUAAUGGAACAAUUUCUUAAAGAUGACCUUUUUACCGUUCCCUUGUCUUCGAUUUUAAUACGACCAUCUUUUCCGAAUUUUACUUCACAAUUAACUCCAUGAUUUUCUUUAAGCUCCUUAGGUUAAGAUUUAAUAGAACCAUUUCCCCCUGAAAUUUGUUCUAUAUCCUUCAUAUACAGUCUUAAGCUAUGAUUUUAAUGUGACCUCUCACCAGAUAGGUGCUCUGCAUGUGACACAAUAACCUCUAAGCACGUUCUCGUGGCUAUGACUAACACGACCCUUUCCACCGAGAUACACUCAACUGUUACCAUGGCCUCUUUACACAAUCUUUGCUAUAAAUUGUACAUGACCAUCUACUGAAAUGUGUACAUCUUCUUGGCUCUAACGGCAAUACGACGAAUAUGCUCUUAGCAACUUGCUUUGCUUAUCACUCCUCAGAUUCUACCAUUUUGGCAUCUAGCAAAUGGGGACAAACUAAAAUGGGUUGUUACUGUUGCCAUUUAAUGAUCCAAUGCACUUUUCAUACUGACUACUGGUUUCAAACAUUUAUCGCAUUAUUUUAGUUCAUUCUAAUUCUUUUACUUUUCUCUUGAUUUACUUAUUUCAUUAUAACUAAGGAAGGUGGAACUUUACCUACAUCUGAAUCAAAAUGUCGUAAACUAUCAUAUCCUCUUUGCAGGCUUAAGUUUAGUACAUCCAGAACUCUUGUAACCACCCCAUCCAAAUCUUACUUGCCUAGCGAUAGGUUUAUUCUCAUUUCAUAUCAAAAUAAAUAAAUUAGUAAAUGCAAAAAAAGGUAAAGAAUUGACCAGUUUUCAUAUUCAUAUUAAAUUUGCUGUCUGAAAACAAAAAUACAUGUCAUAACAUAUUUAAGUUAAAUAUUUUUGCUAACAAAAAUGGUUUUUUAUGCUCUAAGAAAUUAUAUAAGAUUAAUUAAAGAACUAUUUAUUGACAUAUUUAAAUUUACAAUAUAGUUAUUUGUAAAAUAUGUUACAACCAAAGUUAUUGUAGCAAAAAAAAAAAAAAAAAAAAAAAAUACACAAUUAAUCAAUAAUUUUAAAUUUAAUCCACAAGGCCUUUCAACAGCCAAGAUUAAUCAACUUGAACAAUUCACACCUGAUGUUGAAAGUCCUUGUGGAUUAAGAUUUAAAUUAUUGAAUGAUUGUGUUUUUUUUUACAAGAUCUCCAUCUACGAAACCCAAAAUUAAUUUUUAACAUAAAUAAAAAAUAUUUACUUUAAGUUUUUUUAUAUUUGUUUAUAUUCUGCAUUUGAGGUUGCAUUUAAUACGUUUAAUAAUUUUAAAUUUUUAAAAUGUUUCUAUCAUUCCAAUUUGCAUUAUAAAACUUGUAGAUGCGCUCAUUCUAAAAAAUUGUUACUUCUUUUCAAAACCUCUAUAUUUUAAUUCUGAAAUGUAAUCAGUUAAUGUAACAUUAUUAAUAAAUAUAAAAUUUUGUGUUUAUGAUUUUUGUGGCAUACUGUUUUUUGAAAAGUUAUGGAUUAAAAAUUUGUGUAUAUUCGUGCUCAAUGAGAAAUUUCAUGAGUCAGUAAAAUUUUGAUUUCAGCCCAUUAAUCUGAAGAAUUUACGUAGAAAAAAAAACAAAAAAAUAUAUAAUGUGGGUAAAAAUAUAUUUGAACAAUAUUUAUGGUAUUUUUAUUCUCAUUAAAAAUCUCAUCUUAAACUCUUGCAUAAGCUUAUCCGCAAAAAGUCUGUCAGAUGCGUAGUUUGAGAAUGUUUUUGUAAGUGUAUUGCAUUUGAUGAGUAAUACUUAACAGUAUUCGUUGAAAGUUAACUUUUGUUUUGUUAAGUAGCUCAAUUAUUAUUACAGUUAUUAAAACCUCCUAAAAUGUCUAUUAAAUUUGAAUGUGAUAAUUUGUUAGUGUUACUCCAUGUUGCAUUGUACCAAAGAAAAUCAAUAACAAUAACUAAUUCUCUUUAUGUUCCUAAAUAAAAUGUGUGGUUUUUAACUAACUGAAGUGAUAAAAAAAGUGAAAUAUUCGUUUGUUCUAUUUUAAUAAAAGUCCUAAAAAUUUAUUUAUUUGUCGAUUGAUAACUCAUUAGUUUAUUUUAUUGCGUGUUAAUACUUGUGUAUGGCAUACAAGCCUUAUGUUAAAUCGAUAUAGUAUGAUUUUCGUCUUUCUUAAAAAAGGAUCUUUGAAGUUAAGUAGUCUUAGAGAUGGUUUGACUUAAUACUAUUUAAGCCUCUUAUUAAUAAAUUUAAUAUUAAUGCAUCAUAUUAUUAAUGUUUAAUUUUAAUAUGAGAUUCUACUUUGCAUUUUGGAAGACCUUAUUUAAUAUAUUGUUUAGUUAAAAUGUAAAUAAGAGAUUUACUUUAAGCAGAGUUCUACGUAAUUUUACUGUGCUGUAUCAAAAUAAGUCUUAUGUAAUUAUAAUGUAAAAUAAAUGCUUCUAUUUUAUAAUAAAUAUUUGUAUGUUUAUAAUGUACUAAAA